AUGGUGUCUACAAGACCUGAUAUUGCCUAUGCUACUAGUCUGGUGAGUAGAUAUAUGGCUAAUCUGGGUAAAAGGCACUGGAAGACAACUAAAUGGAUAAUGAGGUAUCUUAAGGGUACUUCUAAUUCUAAACUAAUGUACCAACAGCUUCCAAACAGUAAACCAGAGCCGAUUGGGUAUGUUAACUCUGACUAUGUUGGAGAUCUAGACAAAAGAAGAUCCUUAUCAGGGUAUAUCUUCCUAUAUGGAAGGUAUGUCCUAAGCUGGAAGGCUACUUUACAAUCAGUAGUAGCCCUUUCUACUACUGAGGCAGAGUUUAUUGCCCUUUCAGAGGCAGUAAAGGAAGGUCUAUGGCUAAAGGGUCUCCUAUGUGAUCUCGGGAUUAAAAAAAAUAUAAUAGAAGAAAAACAAGUUGAAGUUCUGAAAUUACAUACCUCAGAGAAUGCCUUCGACAUGUUGACAAAGACCUACUCAGCUCAAACUUCAGAAGUACCUUGA